ACGACAACCAAUGCUACAUUGACCAUGGCAGACACAGUCACAGGUGCCCCUAAAAUUUCGCAACCCGAAUUUACGAAGAUUGUAGACAAAUUAUUAGGGUCGGAAGGUCCAGUGUUUGAUAAGAAUGGAAACUUUUACAUGGUUGCUCCUGAGGUUGAAAAAGAUGGUGCGUUUGCAGGCCAGAUCCUAAAGAUUGAUUUAUCAACUUGUAAAGCAACAGUUAUCUGUGAACCAGUAAUUGAUAGUAAUGGGGGAGUACCAGCUGGUUGUCAGUGUGAUAAAGAUAAUAUUAUAUGGAUUGCUGACAUGAGGUUGGGAAUUCUAACCAUGGACCAGUCUGGCCAGUUUAAACAGUUUUGUAAAGUAGACAAAGAUGGUAACGUUAUGCAGGGUUGUAAUGACUGUAGUUUUGAUUACGAUGGUAAUUUAUGGGUAACAGCACCAGCAGGGGAGAUAUCUCCACACCCUUUUAGAAGUUCAACUGAGGAGCCUUUUGGAUCAGUCUAUUGUGUGACUAACAAGAAAGAAGUGAUAAAGGUCGAUACAGGGUACAAGUUCUCUAAUGGUAUAGCUGUACAACAUAAACAAGAUGGUAAACCAUGGAAGGUGAUAGUAGCUGAGACAUUUACCAAAUCACUGUGGGCAUAUGAUAUCCUAGGUUCUGGCAAAGUAGGACAGAAGACAUUGUGGGGAAAGUUACCAGGAGAUUUAGAAGGUGGCCCUGAUGGCAUGGACUUUGACGAAGCAGGUAACUUAAUUGUAGCCCAUUGGGGCUCAAGUCAUCUAGAAGUAUUUGGUCCAGAUGGAGGAAGCCCUCAUACAAGAAUCAAAUGUCCUUUCUCUAAGCCAAGUAAUGUUCACUUCCAACCAGGAACAAGUACUGUUUAUGUAACAGAACAUGAAUUCCAUGGAUUAUGGAAAUUCCAAUGGGAACACCCAGGAAAACCUCAGUAUUGCGAUGUUUAAUAAUUGGUCUAGGGUUUUAACUAACUAUAUCUAUGCAGUAAAAAAAUCUGUUUACAAUCAAACAUAUCUAUUUUUGGUAAUCUAAAAAUAUUUUGGUAAUUUAUAUAUUAAAAAUGAUUAUUUAUGAUGAUUUAAGAUAUCUGUAAAGUAUAUAUUAUUUUUUACAAAUUAAUCUAAUCAAAAAGAUGUAAUAUUUCAUCUAUUUAUAUUUUCUUUAUUUUAUAAAAGAUCAGUAUUUAUUACUUUGAAAAUUUAUAUAUAUAUAUGCUAGCACAGAGUUGAGUAGAUGAAAACAUUCCAUAUAAUAUUAAUUUUCUUGUCUAGGAAAGAUUUAUCCACAAUUAUUAAAACAAUUCCAUGUUUUCAAGAAAGUAUUUUAGUUGCUUUAUGCAUCGAAAAGUAUUUCUAAUAAAGCCAAUCAUCUGAUUUAGGAUUGAACAGAUUAAAUAAAUCUCUUAUCCUGGUUUUGAAGGAGUUUGUUAUUGUAAUUGUUGAACAAGUACAAAUGUGUUAAAACAAAAAGGCAGCAUUUAAGGUGAAUGUACACAAAGGGAUAUGAAUUAUUCAUGCAACCAGUUUUUUUUUUUUUUUUUACUUUUUUUUUUUAAUUUUGUGCCAUAAAUUUUAUUUGGAAUUCAAGAAUUUAAGAAAUUUGCCACUGACAAUAACUAACUUAGUCUUUUGCUUUUGCUCAAAAUGAUUCAUGUUAAUCCUCAUAUGUUGGUCAAAACAUUUUAUUUUUAGUAGCUUAGAAAUUUACACUUUUUGAUGAACAUCUUUUAAGUCAAGAUUUUAGUGGAUUAAUAUGCGAGUCUUAUAAUCAAUUUCAGGUACAAAUUUGUAUUUUAUUUAGAGUGUUCUUAUAUAUAUAUUUGGUUGUGUAAUAUUCAAAAACAAACUAGUAAAACAAUAUUAAAGCAUUUUAUAUGAGUUUUUCUCAUUGUUGAAGGCCAUACCGUUGCCUAUUAAUGCUAACAUCCACUUCAUUUGAACUUUGGUGGAAAGUUGUCUCCUAGGCAAUCAUACCGCAUUAUUUUUAUAAAGUAAAAUUUACUUUAUAGAUUGGAAGCUUAUUUGAUUUACCAAAUAUCUUCUUUUUUUCUUUUUAGAGGAUUUAUAUAUGCUUUUGGAAAAAAAUUGGUUGAAAUGAUAGGUUGUCUUAAAGUUAUUGGUGUUCAGGAAUUUUACAGAAAUUAUUUUAAUGAUAACAGCUUUGGUUCAAUUUUUGUUUUUUCUCGCCUCAAACAAGUCUCAGAGGCUGUUUUCUGUGGCAGCUGUGCUGUUAUCAAUUUGUUAAAGUUUGUAAUUAGGUCAGUUGAGGGUGGACCACUAAUGGUAAGGUGAUGAUAUUCAGCAUUUUUGCAGAAAAUAUGAUACAUGUACAUGUAUAUAUAUUAUAUGUGUGUGUAUUUAAGAGAAUUGAAAAAGUUUAUAAUUUAUAGAUAUUUUCAAGUUAUAAUAGUAAUUUCAUUAGCUCCACUCUUGAAAAUUUUCUUAGGUUAUCCCUCAUAUUAUAUGAAAGUUCAGUGUAAAAAGGUUUUCAGAACACGUUUUUGUUUAGUCUUGGGUUAGUUUGGUAUUAUCUUUGAUUUUACAUUUAAUCGUGACUUUAGUAAUAUAAUUUUUCUACAUUAUGAUGGUGUUUUGUUAAUUUUUAGUCAAGUAUGAAAUUUGUUCAGACAAAACUGAAAAAUUGUUAUUGUUAUUAAUGUUAAUUUUUAUAUUUUCAAUAAUAAAUGAAUAAUCAAGUU